CGCUCUGUGGGACUUGCAAAUCUUUAGCAUUAAACCAUUUAGGCCCCCUUUUCCUAGACACUGACGAGGGGAACCCUCUGCGCAACAUCGGCUUUCAACAUCGCGCUGUAUUUACCAUCAGCCAUGGCGUCCACACCUGCAACGGCUGCUCAAGCCCGUCUCGGCGUGCUUGCCCAGCACCUCGCUCCAAUGGAACCCGGAGACCUGUUGACCAAGCAGUUGACAUCUUCUGCGUCUGCUCAUUCUCGUGGAGGCUAUGACAACACAUUUCCUCAGGCCACCACCGCCGCCGCCUUCCCACCUGCCGUACACGACCUGCUGUCCCUGGAUGGGCUACUCUCCGCCGAGGAGCGCCAGAUAAGGGACAAAGUACGAGCCUACAUGGAGGCCAACGUCGCCCCCGUGAUCGCCGACUACUGGGAGCGGGCGGAGUUCCCGCACCAGCUGGUGCCCAGCUUUGCGACGCUGGGGCUGGCGGGCGGGGCGAUCAAGGGAUACGGCUGCCCGGGCCACUCCAUCCUGGCCAACGCGAUGGCGGUGAUCGAGACCGCCCGCGUGGACGCCUCCAUGAGCACCUUCCUGCUGGUGCACUCCUACCUGGCCAUGCUGACCAUCGGACUGCUGGGCUCGGAGCAGCAGAAGGAGGACCUGCUGCCCAAGAUGGCCAAGAUGGAGUUGGUGGGCUGCUGGGCCCUCACGGAGCCCUCCAACGGCAGCGACGCCUCCGCCCUCACCGCCACCGCGACCAAGGUGCCGGGCGGCUGGAUGCUCAACGGCUUCAAGCGCUGGAUCGGCAACGGCACCUGGGCGGAUGUGAGUGUGGUGUGGGCGAGGAGCAACCAGGACGGCCAGGUCAACGCCUUCAUCGUGCGGAAGGGCAACCCGGGUCUCCGUACAUCCAAGAUCCAAAACAAGAUCGCCCUCCGUUGCGUCCAAAACGCCGACAUGACCUUCACCGAGUGCUUCGUGCCCGACUCGGCUCGGCUGCCCGGCGUCAAGAGCUUUGUGGACACCAACAAGGUUCUCGCCAUCAGCCGCAUCAUGGUGGCCUGGCAGCCGGUGGGCAUCUCAAUGGGGGUGUACGACAUGUGCUGCAGGUACCUGUCGGAGCGCAAGCAGUUUGGUUCCCCGCUGGGCUCCUUCCAGCUGGUGCAGGAGAAGCUGGCGCGCAUGGGGGGACACAUCCAGGCCAUGUGGCUGGCCUGCUGGCGCAUCAGCAAGCUGUUCGAGGAGGGGCGCAUGACCCACGAGCAGGCCUCGCUGGUUAAGGCCUGGACCUCUGCCCGGGGUCGCGAGGUGGUGGCGCUGGGUCGGGAGCUGCUGGGCGGGAACGGCAUCCUGGCGCACUUCCACGUGGCCAAGGCCUUCAACGACCUGGAGGCGGUCUACACGUACGAGGGCACCUACGAGGUGAAUGCGCUGGUGGCGGGGCGGCGCAUCACCGGCGUGUCGGCAAUCAGGGCAGCAGCGGCGGCAGGAGGCAGGGAUGGCAAGAAGGCGGGAGAGGAGGAGCGGGAGAGGAGGUGAAGGGAGGAGGAGGAGCAGCAGUAGGUGAGGAGGAGCGUGUGGGGGCAGAAUAGCAUGUGGGGCUGCAAGGAAGGUAAUGGUGGUGGUGGUGGUGAUGGUGGUGCUGCCGCGAUGUGUUUUGUCUCGUGGAAUGCGCGGCUCGAAAGUGACAGGACAGUGACAGGACAAGGAGGGUGCACGGUUUGUAUCAAUUGUACUUCUAACGUUUCUCCUGUAGCAACCGAGUUCGUUGCAUGAACCAGCGGUUGCGGUUAAUAUGGUUGCGGCAACGAUGGCAACAACAACAGCUCUCACGGGGUUGUCAAGACGGUUGCUGCAACAGUGGGAUUUGAGGUUUGGUGGUUGAGGCGAGAUGGGGAUGUCAGUUGUCUGCUGAUGCUGGGAAAGUAGUAGUUAUGAUUUAUGACUCACUGUUCGUUGUAUUAGAUUAAAGUAGUUUUCUGUAGUAGACCCGUAAUAGAUAUUAAGUCUCAAGACAGCAAAUACGAAAGUAGGAAUGGGUUGGGUUUUGUCCACCUUGUGUACCGGUGUGGUGUUGUGCUGGCGGUGAGGGGGGAGGAGGAAGAGAGGGCAGUGGGUUGCGCGGAGAGCGAGUGAACGAACCGUUCACUCACUUACGAGUCCCUAGGCGCCUUCUCAUCACCCUGGGUGGUCCCUCUAGUAGCCUCUUGUUUUCGCUCGCGGCCCGUAGUUGAGGGCGGACAAGAGCGAACCAUGGGUCGUGUCAGUCAGGCAAGUACAGUAGGGGACUGUUAGCGAGGUUAGUACCAAGGACAAUGGUAAGCGAAUGGUAAGCGGUACGUUUAAUAUAUAUAAGCGUAUUGAACCUUCCCCCAAACGGGUGUCUUUAUCGUCGUUCUUGCCCUUAGUAGCGUUGUUCGUCUUGUAUGCGUCUUGUAUGCUGCUCGCAACCAGAACCCUUUUUACUCGUACGUCGACGCUGGUAGUAGACUUCGUUUGGGGGUGCGGUUCCGAUGCUCCUCUGGAAGCAAGUGGUGUAAGCGUAUGUAAUUGUUAAAGGCGUUGGACUCGGGUACCUUGAAAGAUAACGGAUCCAGACUUGGAUUUGUUGUUACGGCGUUCGUGCUAAGGGCGGCUGCCGUUCCUAUACUCACUAUUGGGUGUGGUAUAAUUCCACGGUCGCUUCGUUCAACAUGCCUAAACGUCCUGUAGAAUUGGACGGUGGGGCUGGAGUGGGAGCAAAUGCAUGGCCGGAGGCGGAAGAGUUGCCGCCUCUUGGUACCCCUUUGCUCUACGUGUCAGUGGCCGCUGAGCAACCGUGUAACCCCUCCCAAGACCUGGCUUUUACUAGCCUGACAUGAUCAGAUUGAAUGAGGAAGUGGC